GGUGCCACCGUGCCCACGGGCUUCGAGCAGACGGCGGCCGAGGAGGUGCAGGAGAAGCUGGGAUCGGUCUUCACCCAGGGGCCCGACCGCGGCAAGAUCUACUUCCAGGUGCCGGCGAGGAGUCUGCCGCAGGUCCAUCGUCUGCGGUCAGUGGAUAACUUGUUCGUCGUUGUUCAGGAGUUCAAAGACUAUCAAUUUAAAGAAACCAAGGAAGAUGCUCUAAAGGAUUUGGAAGCCUUGGUUAAAAAGCUGCCCUGGACUGAUCCGUUGAAAGUUUGGGAACUGAACAACAGCCUAAAAAAGAAGAAGACCAAACGCAAGAAACACAACCUGCAGAGUGCUGCAGGCAAAGAGAAGCUGAGUGAGGCUGGAGAGGGAGGAGCAGACCAAAAGGACACUGAUGCCCAGGAGGACUGUGCCCAGACCCCUUUGGGCAGCCAGGGCUCAGAGGAGCCCCAGGGAGCAGGAGAGGAGGAGGAGGAGGAGGAUGCCAAGGAUGAAGGGCAGGCAGGGCCUGGGAGUGGGAGCAAGGCUGGGGACGGUGAGGCCGGCGAGGGAGAGGGGAAGGUGCUGAAGUUCAGGGUGACGUGUAACAGAGCUGGAGACAAGCACAGCUUCACCUCAAACGAGGCUGCGAGAGACUUCGGCGGGGCCGUGCAGGAGCACUUCCAGUGGAAGGCUGACAUGACCAACUUUGAUGUGGAGGUUCUCCUGAAUAUUCACAACAACGAGGUCGUGGUAGGGAUUGCACUGACUGAGGAGAGCCUUCACAGACGGAAUAUCACCCACUUCGGGCCCACGACGCUGCGUUCCACUCUGGCCUAUGGCAUGCUCAGACUCUGUGAUCUCCAGCCCACGGAUAUCAUAGUUGAUCCCAUGUGUGGUACAGGUGCGAUACCAAUAGAGGGAGCUGCAGAAUGGCCUGGCUGCUUCCACAUUGCUGGGGAUAACAACCCUCAGGCUGUGAAGAGAGCAGCAAACAACAUCUGUUCCUUACUGAGGAAAAACGAGAGCAAGGACAGCAGCACUGCCAUGGGCGUCCCUUUGGACAUCAUCCAGUGGGACAUUUGCAACCUGCCCCUGCGGACUGGCUCUGUGGACGUCAUCGUGACAGACAUGCCCUUUGGGAAGAGGAUAGGGUCAAAGAAGAAGAACUGGGAUCUGUACCCAGCCUGCCUGAUGGAGAUGGGCCGGAUCUGCACCCCGGGCACAGGCAGGGCCGUGCUGCUUACCCAGGACAAGAAGUGCUUUGCCAAGGCCCUGUCGCGCGUGGGACACGUCUGGCGCCGCGCUCAGACCGUGUGGGUGAACGUGGGAGGGCUCCACGCUGCUGUGUACCUGCUCAGGCGCACCUGGGAGAGAGCCGAGGAGAGAAAACCCUUCUGGUGA